AUGAAGCUUUGUAUUUCGCAUAGUGCCGUAGAUGAAGAAGCGAAGGAACAGAAGCGAAUGAACAAGCAAAUCGAGGAACAGCUGCAGAAGGAUAAGCAGCUAUACCGUGCAACACAUCGUCUUUUACUACUCGAACGUCGAGAGAGGAUUAUCGACAUUAAAAAUAACGUUCGGGAAUCAAUAACAGUCAUAGUUAGAGCCAUGAGUCAACUGGUACCUCCGAUACCGUUUGAAAAUGUUGCGAACGAACAGAACGCUCAUUACGUAACGGAAGCGGCUUCGAUUUCGAAUUACAACUAUCCGGACGAAUUUUUCGAUCACGUAAAUGCAUUGUGGAAAGACGCAGGGGUCAGAGCCUGUUACGAACGUUCAAACGAAUACCAGCUGAUAGACAGUGCUAAAUACUUUCUGGACAAGACAGACGAACUUAGACGGCCGGACUAUACGCCGUCAGAACAGGAUAUCCUGAGAUGCCGAGUUAUGACUAGAGGCAUCUUCGAGACUAAAUUCGAAGUUGAUAAAGUUCGAUUUCAUAUGUUCGACGUUGGCGGCCAGCGAGAUGAACGUCGCAAAUGGAUUCAAUGCUUUAACGACGUGACGGCCGUGAUAUUCGUCUGCGCUUCGUCGUCCUACAACAUGGUGCUCAUGGAAGACAAAGCGGUCAACCGUUUGAGGGAGUCGUUGAGUCUCUUCAAGUCUAUUUGGAACAACAGGUGGCUGAAAACAAUAUCAGCAAUAUUGUUUCUUAACAAGCAAGAUCUUUUAGCUGAGAAAAUUAAAUCUGGUAGACACAAGCUAGAGGACUACUUUCCCGAUUACCAGAAUUACCAGAUUCCACCUGACGGUAUACUUUUCGUUCUAUUCUUUUCUUUCACUCGGUCACUUGCUUUGAUUUUACUGUUUGUGGUCUUUGUCAAAAUAUUAACAAACCAUAAACCGCAGGCCUUUUAA